UUCCUUUCUUCCUAGCAGCGGUUAACACCAUGAAGUUGAACAUUGCUAAUCCAGCCACUGGCUGCCAAAAGUUGAUCGAAAUCGAUGACGAACGUCGUCUUCGUGGAUUCUACGACAAACGUAUGUCUCAAGAAGUUUCUGGUGAUGCUCUUGGUGACGAAUUCAAGGGUUACGUCUUCCGUAUCUCUGGUGGUAACGACAAGCAAGGUUUCCCCAUGAAGCAAGGUGUUUUGUUGCCUCACCGUGUCCGUUUGUUGUUGUCCAAGGGUCACUCUUGCUAUCGUCCUCGCCGUACUGGUGAACGCAAGAGAAAGUCUGUCCGUGGUUGUAUCGUGUCCUCUGACUUGGCUGUCCUCUCCCUUGUGGUUGUCAAGCAAGGUGAACAAGAUAUUCCUGGUUUGACUGAUACUGCCGUUCCCAAGCGUCUUGGUCCCAAGCGUGCAUCCAAGAUCCGUAAGUUCUUCAACUUGUCUUAUGCUGAUGAUGUUCGCAAGUAUGUGAUCCGUCGUGAAAUCCAACCCAAGAACCCUGAAAAGAAGCCUUUCACCAAGGCUCCCAAGAUUCAACGUUUGGUCACUCCUGCUACUUUGCAACGUAAGCGUCAUCGUCGUGCCAUCAAGCGCAGACGAUGCGAAGCCUCCAAGGAAGCCGAAGCCGAAUACAAGCAAUUGCUCGCCAAGCGUGUCAAGGAAACCAAGGAAAAGAAGUUGGAACGCCGUCGUACUUCCUCCAUGCAAAAGUCUUCUUCUGCUUAGUUUAUUAUUUUUUAUGUCAUUCAUAAUAAAAAAAAAUAAGGAUUAUUACUUUGUAUAUUUUGAUA